CAAUCGCUGCGUUUCAAGGCAGUGAGUCACGAAACUCGGAACUUUGGGAGGGCAGAGGGGAGGAGAUAGAGUGGAGCCGAGUUAAAAUAAGCCACAGGAGUGUGCUUUCACAAGACUGGGAAAUAACAGUACGGCGCUCCAGUGGUCGUGAACAUCUAUACAGGCGAAGCACACUAGGUUACGCUGAGGUUUCUACUGCAAUCAGCUUGUCAUGAUGCUUGCAAAAUUCUUCCUGCUCCUGGCUGUUGUUUGGACUUUUGAAGUAAAUGCAGCUAUCUCCAGUUUCUUGGAAGAAAUGAUUAAGAUGAAUCCACCCAUGAACAUACGGAUUUCCUCUGGAAGUUUCGGAGAAUACACCGUGUCUUGGGAUGGAAAUUGCACAUUUCAAGACAAUGUAUACUACCAGCUUGACUACAAGUACCUCAAUCCAAGUGAUAGCAAGUCCUACAGUUAUUUUGUACAAGAAUAUCAAAAGAAGAUGGAUUUGGAAUUACACCGGGGACUAUUUACACAAGUCAAGCUGGGAUAUUUUGGAGACACUGAUGACGAAAUAUCCAGCAAUUGGACUGAGAGAACUUUUGACCUACCACGUGAUUCAUUUGCCUCAGUUGACAACUUGACCUGCAUUUUUUAUGGUAAUACCUACAUGAACUGUACGUGGGAUAUUAAUGAAAAUGCACCAGAGAAUGAACAAUACAUUUUGUCCUACAGGAAGGAACAAACAAGUGACAUGUACAACUGCACAAAUUACCGCAUGUCUGGAGCGAGGAACACCGGCUGUGUUGGCCACAAAUAUGACAUCGACCUGAGUUACGAGAUUAUCAUCUGUAUCAGUGAAUUGAACAACAAAACCAAAUUACCAUACUGCAGGAAGGUGAAACCAUACUAUUUCCAUAAACUCAACAAUCCAAUAAAUGUCAGGAUAAAUAAAAGCACUGAUGAAGUCACAUGGAAUCUUCCAGAAGUUAAUUUUGGCCCCAGUUGUUACAAGUAUCAAUUAAACAUCACAAACUGGAAUGACAAGGAAGACCAGAAGGUUAAAAAUACAUCUGUUGCAAAAUAUGUCAUCAGCAGGGAUAAAACAAAAAGAUAUUCUGUGCAAGUAAGGGCACUGGUGAAUGAUAUUUGUUUGGAAAGCACUAUCUGGAGUGAUUGGAGCAAACCCCUUAUCAUCGCGCCUGAUGUGAAGGAUAUAUCUUUUCUGACAAUUGCAGCAGUAUUUGCUGUGAUUUUGGUUGUGCUAACAUUGUUGCUGGUACUCAUCUGUAUAAAAUGUAAGUUAGUGUCAAAAGUGUUUCAACCAAUCCCUGACGCUGGAGAGACGUUCAAGGGGCUCUUUGAGGAGUGCAAUGGUGAUUUUCAGAAAUGGAUUAAUAAGAAUCCCUAGCUGAAGACUGAGAUUGAAGAAUGCACAAGUUACUGUAAAAGAAUUCUAAGAUCCUUAAAAGCUAUUGUCACAUUCUAGUCUUCUAGCAACAGAGAUGUUUCAUUAGCCUCAAGAUGUUUGUCUUCAAUGGGAAGAGGAGAGGAGAGAGAGAAAAAAAUACAUAUUUGAAAGGAAGAAUGAAAGGAAGAUGAUACAUCCAUCAUAGUUUAUGAAACAUUUUUUUCCAACCUUUUUAUCAGCUUGCUGUAUUAUUUGAAUUUCUUCAGACCAGACUUUCCAAUAAGCUUGGAACUUCGGAUAAAGUUCAGUAAAGCAUUAGCAAGCAGAGAGGAGAAUGACGCAGUUGGAUUCCUGACUCCAGCAUAUUCUUUACAAGGACCUCAAUGUAUUAAUAAGCAGUUGUACCCAGACACACACAAUGAAUAUACAGACAGAAAAGCAAAACCAUCAUGUUUUUUUUCCCAGGAGUUCUUCCUGUCAUGUUUCGAGUCCAACCUACAUGUACAGUCUGAAUCCAAUUUCAAGCACAGUUCUUUGCUUCUAGUUUGUGGCUUGUGCUGCGAUGCUUCAGGGCAGUUCAGAGUAUAUUACAGUGUACGUUUACACAGUAAUUGAUGGCAUAGAGGCAUUAAGGUUUUUUGAGUAAUUUACUUCCAGUGAAACCCAUUCUCAGUGUACCUCUGCUCCAUGUGUUCACAGGAGCCGGAUAUCACUCCUUACUGAGUAGGGGCAAAUGUGGGGAAUAAGUUUAUCACGUAAUUUUUCCCUUUUUUUAAAAGACCAGAAGAUGUUCUGGCAGAUUCUGGUGCUUCAGUCAAUGCUACAGUAAGGGACAAAGGCUGGUUAGCAGUGGGAGGCUGAUGUACUACAUGUGGUAGGUUAACAGAUUCUUUACAUGUAAAUCAAUUUCAGGACCUGCUUUCUUUCUAAUGUGAGGAGAUGCUUUAUUAGAUAAUGUACAUGGACAGGGAAUGACUUUUAAGCGUUACCUUCUUGUUAUUCCUUUUUAGUGAUGACUCUCUUUGCAACUUGCUGAGAGUAGAACUUUUGUAACCUGGUUCUCAUCCACUCUGACAGUGAUGAUUUAUUGCAAGAAGGAUAUCUGUGCACAAUGGAUAUAUUUUACUUUGAUACCGCAGUUUUCAUCCAGUAUCUCAGAAAAGGUUUUCAUGAAAAUAACAGAUGCAAAUCCUAAACAGAGUAUCAGCUAAACUGCAACUUGACAAGUCUAAAGUCAUUUACUGUCAAAUGCACAAGUCACAUAUAACACAGGUGCAAUGAAAAACUUACCAGAAAGUACCCGAAUAUCAAACCAUAAAAGAGUGAUUAAUUGUUAACAUCUUUAUUAAGCAACAAAAAAACCAAAACAGCUUUAAUGACGUGAGAUUAAACCAAAUGAUAAACCUGUGUAGAUAUGGUCGCACAAACUAGGUAUCCUCUCGGGGAGAAAGUAAAUGCAGAAGAGAGAGGUAAAGGAAAAAUGAGGGACUGGAGUGCAAGGAGAAAGGGUGAGGGAAGGAAAAGGGAGGUGAAUUUGACAGAGGUGCCAGGGAGAGAGAGUUGGAGAGGGGAGGGAAACUGAAGGAGAAGGUAGGGAGGAGGAGCUGGUCCAUCUCGGAAAUGCAUCAGAGUGAGGCUGUGAAAGGAAUUUUUAAUCCUAUGUUUAUAAAAAAAAAUCAAUUAUGUGAAUCAGUUUAAAUGUCUUUUAUGAUCUGGUUAUUCAAGUGUUCCAGUAUUUGAAUAAAAAUAACAUUUAUUUUA